CUUUCUACCAUGACACCCAAAAGUCAACCCAACAUUCAACUGAAGCUGUUCAUUUUCAUCACAUUUGUGAUGCUACUGAAAUCAACAGAAGCUCGCAUAGGAAUGGAUGUGGUUGACAUAACUGACUGUCCGAACAAGCCACCGAUGAAAGGAUUGGAUUUUUCGAAUCUUUCCUUCUCGAUGAACGAAAAAGGCGAAGUAAUCAUGGAUGGUAACGUAACAUUUUUGGUGGAACAUGGCGCCCCCUGGUCUUGGAUACUGCACACGCAACAUUUGGAACGCGGAACGUGGGCGACAGGAAUUGUGAGAAAGAGCGUGCCGGAUUUCUGCAAAAGUUGUCAUAACCCUUUGGAGGUGUGGAGCGUGAUCAUGAAAUACGUCAAGAUCCAGGAAUGUCCGGUUCCGGCUGGGCAUGUGGAAUCUUUUGAUCGGGUUAACUUGGGAUCGUUUGGGGUCAGAGUACCAGCUGCAUUCAUAGGGGAAUGGAAACUUUUCAUAGAAACAACUUUGGGUCCAAAUUACCAUGAUUGUUUAAUGGUCGAAGGAUCUGUUUUUGAAAUUUAA